UUUUAUUUUCAAACAGGUCUAUUAAAUACCCUAAAUCACGCCUGUGGAGAGAUGUUGACGAAGUAGCCCUGCGCAGAACCCACUUGGUGUGUGAAUGAGACCUUACGGGCGAAAUCUCCGCCCCUUGUUGAGAUUGUGCUGGAGUUGGCGGUGCUGUUGCAGCAAAGGAGGUGGAGAGGACUCUUCAUCAGGAUUCUGCGUUUUUGUCGUCCAGUCUCUGGCUACGUGCUGUUUGCAGGCUUCUCCGCGGUGAAGUUCAUUGCGAAUUUGUUGAUUGGGCUUCAUGAGAAGUGGCCGAUGUGUGGCAGUGUGACAGUUGAAGGGUCAGGAUGACAUCUGUAGCCGCCGAUUACGACCAUAUGGAGAUCCAGCAGCAGCAGCAGCAGCAGCAGCAGUACAGCAGCGACAUUGUUAACAACCGCUGGGAUGCUGAUGAGUGGGACAACGAAAACAGCUCGGCCAGGCUGUUUGAACGCUCCCGCAUCAAGGCCUUGGCAGAUGAGCGCGAGGCGGUGCAGAAGAAGACCUUCACCAAGUGGGUCAACUCCCACCUGGCCAGAGUGUCCUGCAGGAUCACCGACCUCUAUAUGGACCUGAGGGAUGGACGCAUGCUCAUCAAACUACUGGAGGUCCUCUCUGGGGAGAGACUGAAGAAGAACGCCACAGUGUUGUAA